CGGCCCGGCGUUCUGCCGCCACUGCCCGCCCAGACAGAAGACAGACAGAUCCAGUCAGCCUCAGUCUGCCAAAGUGAAGCUGAACAGAGCACAGCUCAGCGCGCCGGUCCCUCCCGAGUGAACAGUGAAUCUUACCUCGGCAGCACCAAGCAGUACCCGCCCGAGCACCACCACGUGGGGUGUGCGUAAGAAAGCCGGAUCCUGGAGAUCGUCGACGCCGAGGCAGCCGUCACCAUGACCAUGACCGCAGUAGAGCACGCCGAGCACGAGCAUGUGGAGCUCUGGGGCGAGUGGUUCGCCAGCCGGCGCACCGGCCAGCUCGUGAUCCGCAGCGUUGACAGCGUGCUGCGCCUCAUCGAGAAGUCCCUCGUGUGGUCCACCCAGCCGUCGGCAAAGGCCCUUCCGCAGGCUAGUGCCAACGGAGAUGUUUCAGCCUGCAAUGGCAGUCCGAUUGAUCAUAUGGUGGUGAACAACCCUGACCUGGUGGUGGUAGCAAGGCCUCUAUCAUGGCCUCUCUUCCUCCCAUUGGUUGGAGUACUUGGCGUUGUCAGAGUCACAGUCUAUUUUGUGUCCCGCAUCUUCAGAAGGCCGUGUAACACCAUUGAUAUGAUACACUGGCUUCAAAGCAAACGUCGUCGAUUGCGGUUCAUUAAGUUUGCUGGUCUGAAAAAUAUUCGCGCACGAUCCGACGCCAAGUCUGGGUAUUCUGUGAAUGGUACACCAUGUUCUAAAAAGACACUCCCUGCAUCAACCACUCCUGAUCAUGAACGCAAGCGCAAAUAUUGCGAUGUGGAGCAGUCUGACUGGACUGAUGGAAGCGAUGAUGAAACUGUUGCUGAUAAGCUGGACAAAUAUGGAAAAGAUUAUGAUAGUGAAAGUGACCCUGACUUUGUGCCUAGCAGUGAUGAGGACUCAAGUGAUGGGGAAGAUUCAGGGGAAGAGGAUCUUGAAGUGGAGGGUGGAGCUGUCUUGGUGAAUGAAGCUGAUGUACCACCUGCUGAGGAAGUGUCUUCCCCAACCCCUGUCACUGCACCAGCCUCUCCUGCCCACAGUCCUAGCAUUGUUACUGUGGAGUCCCCGGAGUCGGUCAGUGAAUAUGGCUCAGCUGCUGCAGAGUCCGCAACCAGCCCUGGAAGUAGCAUAACUUCACCUCUAAGUCCCAAAUCUAAAUUUGUGAAAUUCUUUAGAAGAGGAAGUAAGACCAAGCAGCAAUUGUAAUUGUGAUUCGUGUGUGAUUAACUUAUUGAUUUUAUGCGUACUUUUACAUUUUAGAUUAUUUAAAUAGUUAGGAUCCAAUUUACAAUACUUGUACUAUAUCUUUGCUUGCUAUGCAAAUAUUUUACUGUUUCUUUUAAUUAAUACAAUUGUGGUGUUUUGACUUAUUUGCUUAAUGUACUUUCAUUCAAACAGCAUCUGAAAUAAUAUUGCAAUGAAGUUAUUUUUAGGCUCUGCCUUUAUUUGGUUUGUUAAAACUGUUAUUAGGUAAAUACAUAUGUGAACUUUA